UCGAGUAGUAUGAAGUUUAUUUAAGCGAUAAUACACACAUACGAAUACAUUUAAAAAUAGAGUAACAGACACACAACAUACUUUCGAGUAGUACUUAGGCCGGGCUCUAUAAAAUUUCUUUAGAACUUAUCAGCUAAAAUAAAUAAAACUUAUCGAACUAAACAAAAUGGCGACAACGAAUGCAUUUGAUGAAUGUAUGGAUAAAAAGGCAAGCAUGAGAUGGUUCGCUAACAGAGUAUAUAUAUAACAUCAGAGAGAUUGUUGCGGCAGCGGAUGUACGACUUGGGUGGAUGGAUGAUAAUGCUUAGCUUAAUACUGGUGCUGUCAUGGACGCUUCCCGGAAUUCUGCGCUGCAAAUUAGAGUUUGUCAACUGGCAUUUUAAUAUGCCUCGAGCACUGUUCUGUUUGCUCUGAUAUUGCAAUUGCCAAAGGAAAUACCAUUCGGAAUACCUAACCCAAUAAUCAUGCGCUGCGGCGGCAUCACUUUUAUGAAUGGAACGCGAAAUAUGCAAGGCCAAUUGAAGUUCGCCCAACUAUAUAGAGAUAUCUCCGUGAUCCACAAAGGCGAGUAUAUGUACAAGGAUUUCGACUACGAUGAGAGCCAGCAGCUUUAUUACAAGUCCCAUGAGGAUAUGUGCGAAUUCGCCGUUCGAUCUAGCAUAAACGUGGCGAAAAAGCUGCGACAGCUGCAAGCGCAGCGAAAUCCUGGCGGAACCGAGUAUUGGCCCACUCUCUUUGACGAACCGGACCUAUGGGGCUUGCACCUGGCUGGCAAUCCCUUCAACGUGAUGUACAUGGUCGUGGUGGAUGCUCUAAAGACGCAGAGCACCCCCGAGCAGUACAAAGAGUUUGGUAAGCGCGUGGAGCGCUUUGAAGUAACCGCUACCUAUGCACAGACGGAGCUGGGACAUAGCAGCCAUCUACGUGGCCUGGAGACGCGCGCCGACUACGAUCGGGACACGGAUGAGUUUGUGUUGAAUACGCCCUCCAUUACAGCCUACAAGUGGUGGCCAGGCGGAUUGGGUCAGUGCUCCAACCAUGCGAUAGUCAUGGCGCAGCUGUACAUUGAUCGAGAGCAUAAGGGACUUCAUAUGUUCUACGUUCAAGUGCGAGAGGAGGGCACUCACGAACCACGGCCAGGCGUGCACAUUGGCGAGCUGGGCAAGAAGAUGGGCUACCUGGGCGUCAAUAAUGGCUUUUUGGGCCUGAAGAACGUGCGCAUUCCACGCACUCGGAUGCUCAUGCGCCAUGCCCAGGUGAAUCGUGAUGGCAGCUACGUGAAGAGUCCAGUUGACGCCCUGACUUACUUUGCAAUGCUUUCCACACGAUGCAUCGUGACACGUAACUCGGCUGUUGCACUGGCUACAGCAGCUACCAUUGCGACACGAUUCUCGGCCGUGCGUCGCCAGUCGCCCAUUGAUGACAGUUUACCAGAGCCACAGAUCAUGGAUCAUGUCACACAACAGCUGAAGGUCUUUCCGGAGAUAGCCACCUGCUUGGCCUACCGCUUAGCUUACGACUACCUCCGAGAGUUGUUCAGCGCGACUUCCAGGGACAUAGAUCAUGGCAACUACAAUAGUCUACCCGAGCUGCACUCUCUUUCGUGUGCCUUAAAGGUUAUGAGCACAAGUGACUGCGCCGCGGGCAUUGAACGACUGCGACUGGCCUGCGGUGGUCUUGGAUAUCUAGCCUCUUCCAAUCUGAGCAAUAUUUAUGUCAAUACAGUCGCUGCGUGCACCUACGAGGGAGAAAAUACGGUGCUUCUACUCCAGGUAGGUCGCUUCCUGAUGAAGUCGUGGUAUGCGGCACUGAGUGGAGCUCCAGUUGCUCCCACUGCCAGCUACUUGGCAGAGGUGCAGCAGAGUCCAGACUUUGGAUUGUGGACUGGCAGCUGGAGUAAUUUGGUGAGAGCGAUGCAAUUUGCUGCUGCCAACAAAACGCGGCUGGCCUUUAAGAGUCUGUCAAGACGUAUAGAAAAUGGCGAAUCAGAGCGGAUGGCCUCGAGCCACACAGGCAUUGGGCUCACCCAGGCAGCUCAGUUGCAUGCUCGCGCCUUUGUGUUGCACAGGUUCUGCGCUGAGGUAACUGGACCAAAGUCCAGGGCUCGUUCGCCUGCCUUGAAUCGAGUGCUGCAGCAACUGCUGGAACUAUACCUGGUGAAUGUUACAUUGAGCAGUUUGGGUGAUGUACUUCGGGUGGUUCACUUGACCGAUGAAGAUCUGAACAAGCUGCAGGCUCGUCUGGAGGAUGCACUUGCCAAACUGCGACCUGAUGCGGUAGCAAUUGUAGAUGGAUUCGACUUUGGUGAUAAGCAGUUGAACUCAACUUUGGGAUUUCAUGAUGGCAAUAUGCUCGAGCGGGUUUUUAAUGCGGCUUUGAAGGCGCCCAUGAACCGGAAGUCGGUGCCAAAAAGCUUUCACGAGCAUUUGGGUCCGUUUAUGAGAUCGAACAUUUAAAACGAACAUUUUGUAAAGGUUUUAACUUAGUGAAU